GCUUGAUUUGAUUUAAGUAACGUAAGGCAAAAUGUUAUUCAUUCUCUUAAUUGUAGCACUAUUUCUUGUUUUUCUUCUUAUUUUAAAACAAAGGAAAAAUGAACAAAAUCGUCUUCCACCGGGGCCUAAAAGACUUCCGUUUAUUGGUAAUCUUCAUCAGUUUGAUCCCUCAAAACCGACUCAUAUUUUCUUCUCAAAAUUAGCCAAAAUGUAUGGGCCAAUAAUGAGCUUGCAGCUUGGCCAACGAACUAUGGUUAUGAUUCAAUCUCCUCGUAUAGCCAAACAAUUUUUGUUAGCACAAGGUAAUAAUUAUUAUAACAGAUUUUUACCUGUUGGUGCACGAAUGUUUAGUUACAAUGGUUUGGGUGUAUUUUUUUCCCCUUAUAAUGAGAAUUAUGUAGAAAUGAAGAAGAUGUUUGUCGUUCAUCUUUUAAAUUCUAAAAGAGUUGAAUCUUUUGCUUCCAUACGACAAGAAGAAGUUACACGGGUUAUUCAUAAGAUUUCAUCUCUUUCUUCCGCUGCUCAAGUCGUCAAUUUGAGUGAUUUUGCUAUAAAUUUUACAAACUCUACAAUAAGUCGAGUUGCUUUUGGAAAAAGGUAUGAUGAUGAGGAUGGGUCAAGGAGCAGCUUUCAUGGUCUUCUAAAUGAAGCUCAAGCAUUAUUUGCAGGUUUCUUUUUUGCUGAUCAUUUUCCUGGACUUGGUUGGGUAGAUAAGGUAACGGGACAAUACUCUAGACUUGAAAAGACGUUUAAAAAGAUGGAUGAGUUUUAUGAAAAAGUCAUUCAAGACCAUCUCUACAAGCCUAAAUCUAGUGAGCAAGAGGAUAUCAUUGAUAUUCUUCUCCAACUCAAGAAAGACAAUUCCUUUGCAUUUGACCUCACUAUGGAACAUAUCAAAGCAACUUUGAUGGAUAUUUUCAUUGGUGGAACAGACACGACCGCAGCAUCAAUAGUGUGGGUAAUGACUGAGCUAAUGAGGAAUCCCAGUGUAAUGGAAAAAGUCCAAAAGGAAAUUAGAAGUAUAAACAAAAACAAGAAUUAUAUUGAAGAGCAUGAUCUUGUAAAUCUUGAAUAUUUUAAGGCAGUGGUGAAGGAAACAUUCCGAUUGCAUCCACCACUUCCGUUACUGAUUCCACGAGAAUCAGUUAAGAAAAGUAGCAUUGAUGGAUAUGAUAUUUUACCUAAAACUACAAUAUCUAUUAACUUAUGGGCACUCGGAAGAGACCCUGAAGUUUGGACGGAUGCAAAUUUAUUUCUUCCAGAGAGGUUUAUGGGAAGUUCAAAAAGUUUCUUAGGACAAGAUUUUGAAAUGAUUCCUUUCGGAGCUGGAAAACGAAUGUGUCCUGGUAUAAACUUUGGUGUUCUUAACAUGGAGCUUGUGGUUGCAAAUUUACUAUACACUUUUAACUGGAAAUUACCAAUUAACGUUAAGAAAGAAGACAUUAACACUGAAGUGAAACUCGGAAUAACUAUGCAUAAGAAAAAUCCACUUUCCCUUAUAGCAAAUAAAGUUGGCUAAUAAGUAAAUAAUAAAUAAAGUGUUCAACGUUUAAGGAACCUUAGCUUCACAUAAACAUAGAUCUAAAUCUAAUAAACUUCAUGUGCAUUUGCUAUUAUAUUGUCACUUUUGUUUUUGUUUUAUUUUAAGAGCCGUAAUCAAUUUCUUGAUGUACUAUUGUAUAUACGGAUCAAAAAUAAUAUUUCCACUUCAUAUAUUAUAUAGUUCAAA